UCAGCCAGACCCAGUAAGUACAAAACAAAGAGGGUACAAAAUAUAUACAAGAAAAAAACAAUAAAUAAAGGAGUUGAUGAUUGAAUAGAUAAACAGAAGAUGGAGAAAGUAUAAUUUUACCUUAUUUUCUGAAAGAUUGUUUAUGCGUCAACCAAAAGCUUGGAAGAAUGUAAAUAGUGAUGAUCAAGUUUUGCUACAUACUUGGCAAGCAAGGCCAGACUCGUCUCAGUCGAUAUUACGACAAUGUUCCAUGUAAAUCUAGAUGUUCCUUCUUUAAUUACCAAGACUAUAAGAUUGUGUACCGCCGGUACAACUCGAUAUUUGUCAUCCUAGCUAUAGAUGAAGAAGAGAAUGAAGUUGCAAGCCUCGAGUUGAUUCAGUUGUUCAUAGAGACGUUAAAUAAGUACUUUGAUGGAGUUAGUGAAAUUGAUAUUUUUUACAACUUAGAGAAGAUACACAUCAUCCUUGAUGAAAUGAUCGUCAAUGGUUAUAUCUUGGAAACAAAUAUGUCAAAAAUACUGCAGCCGAUUCUCUUAAUGGAUAAAGCAUCAAAAAGGUGACAUUUCUUGUUGUCCGAGACAAGGUGACCAGAUGAAUUUCCAAGUGUGAUCCAGGCAUCUAGGAAUGACCAUAUUUGACCAGUCUGUUACGCCCUGCCCUGCAUUGCCCCCUUGGAUACAGUUGCUAAGGCAAGACUUUUUUUAUACCUUGUUUAGCGCACCCACCGCCUGCCAAUAAUGAUUUCAAUUAAAAAUAAAAUUUUAUUUUUGGCUAAUUAACGCACCAGUCGACACGAAAAAUUGGAAAUUUCAGAAAAAAAAUGAAGGUUUUCCCUUAUCUUUAUUACGCUUGCCGCUGCUUUGAAACCUCCAAAAAUAAUGUACAUUUUUUCCUAAUAAUAUAAAUUCAAAGCAUUUGACCAUACCAUUACUACACUGUUUACAUUCACCAAAUAAAAUUUUAUUUUUAUUUUUUUACGCCCUCCACUGACGAUCUUUAAUAAAGGUAUUUAAAAAAGGUAUUGCCUAAAUACCUACGAAACAAGGUAUUAAAAAAAGUCUUGCCUAAGGCCUCACCAAAUGAAAGUAUGUUUGUGGGAUUUGUGCAUAUUCUAGGCUGGUCAUUUGCUAAGCUUGAUUGACAACUCCUGAAAGGUUCAAUGCUAUUAUUUUUAUGACGGCAUUUACGAUGUUGAAUUAAAAGUUGUGUCCGCUUCCACUUGGAGCUAAUUUAUACUGCAAUACAGUAGCAGUCAGUUGCAAGUAUAAAAUAUUUAAACCAUGUCUCAGAAGUGGGUAUGAGGUGGCAUAUAAAUGUAAAAAUAGAAUACUAAGCCAACAAGUGAGAUACAGGUGUGUAUCCAUUGAAUUUAAAAAGCUAGAAUCUAGCGACAUUGAAAACUACCUACUGACUUAGAUGAUGGCUACAUUUCAAGAUGAUGUUGAGAGGACUACUGGCCAUAAGGAUGAAGUGGGGCAACAAGAGAAAAACAAUUUAGACAAAAUCAACUAUUUGUAUCAAGGUUUAAUUGUCUUAUACAGCCAUGUGACCUGAUAAAAUUCACUGGAUGUGAAAGCUUGUUGUAUUAAAGGAUAUUAAUCUGUGAA